UUUCAAGCAAAUGAUGGGACUCGUGAAUCCAGUCUGACAUUGAUCUGACCAAUCCGCACUGUUCACACAUCAGCGCGUCACGUGAUGAUGUCUGUCUGAGGUGCUGCACGCGGGAACUGCUUCAAUUGUUUUGCAUUUGUGGGCAGAAAUUUAACAGACAGGUGAGAUGUUCAGCCCUAAGCUGCUUACCCUGGUGCUGGUGGUCCAGCCGGGCAGAGUGCUGCUCGGCAUGAAGAAGAGAGGAUUUGGGGCUGGAAAGUGGAAUGGGUUUGGGGGCAAAGUUCAACCCAGAGAAACCAUUGAAGAUGGUGCAAGGAGAGAACUGCAAGAAGAAAGUGGCCUCACAGUGGAUGUUCUCGAGAAGAUUGGAAAUAUCAAAUUUGAAUUUGUUGGAGAAACACAGUUACUCGACGUCCACAUUUUCAGAGCCGACGCUUAUAAUGGAGAACCAACAGAAUCAGAUGAAAUGAGGCCUCAGUGGUUUGAAUGUGACCAAAUUCCUUUCAGUCAAAUGUGGGCUGAUGACGUCCUGUGGUUUCCCCUGAUGUUCCAGAAGAAGAAAUUUGUUGGAUACUUCAAGUUUCAGGGUGAUGAUGUGAUCCUCAGCCACAAACUGGAGGAAGUGGAAGAACUGUGAGACAACCCUCCACCAUUAGUACUGCUUUUCUGAGGAUAUUCACGAAAAGCACCAUCCUUCCAAAGUUCUUCUUUAAAUGCGGAAGAUAUCCAACCGUUUAGUGUUUGUUGUUCAGUUUCAUUUGUGGGAUGAAAAAGGCAAGUCUCUGAGGAAUUAACAGAAUCACAUUUUCUUUUUAUUUAAGAAACAGUUGAAUAUAAUCUUUUUUUCUAAACACACAUUAUUUAUAUAUAUAUAUAUAUAUAUAUAUAUAUAAAGAAAAUAAGCAGCAAUACACUGAAAGAAGUAUCCAUUUUGUCAUUUUAUUUUUCAGCAUAACUAAUUUAACACACUUAAGCAAGGAUUUCUUUAAUAAAAUAUUUACAAUAUCUACAGUAAUUAUUUUACUGGGUUUUAUAUUCUGUGCAAGUUAACUUGAUUCCUGAUAUGCACAGUAUAACAGUUUCUUCAUAAAAUAGAUUUUUUGUUAUAUAUAUAUGCUGAUUUGCAGAUUUCAUUUCACAGUCACUUCGGUGUAUUUGAGAUUAGUUGGAGACGGUCUGUGAGUCUGACAGUCUGCCAAAUUGUCCCUUUCAGCUUUAUGUUUUGAUAUACUGUAUGUGUAAAGACACAAAUGUGCAUCGUUGUUUUCAUGCCAAAUAUCAAGUGUAAUAGUAUAAUGAUGGGGAAUUCAACAAGAUCCAGAUCAUGUUUACCCUGUUAAAUAUGUGUAGAUUAUAAUGUCUGCGACUGUGAAAUAUAGUCUUCAUCUAUAAAGUGAUAUUACCCCAAAUUUUCCAGCGCAAUUAAAGAAAUAAAUGGUGGUGAUAAUUAAAUUAAAA